UCAAAAUAUUCACAAAUACAAACUACACUCUUAAUUUAUUUAUUUUUUGGUAAAAUACACUCUUAAUUCUUAAAAAAUAAAAAACUAAUGACAAUAAGUUCGAAAACCCAAUGUCACCUAACCCUUCCAGUCAUCGACUUCUCGAUUCCAAACCUCAAACCGGCAACUCCAGAGUGGGAGUCGGUGAGAGCCCAAGUCCGAACAGCCCUAGAAGAGUACGGAUGUUUCGAGGCCUUGUUCAACGGAGCUUCAGUGGAGCUACGGAAGGCGCUGUUCGAGGCCUCGGAGGAAUUUUUUGAUUUACCUGUUGAAACCAAACUGAGAACAAAGUCUGACAAAAUCUACAAAGGAUACGCUGGUCAGCAUCCGACUCUACCUUUAUACGAGGCUAUUGGCUGUGACGGUGCAAAUAAUCCUCAAAGUGUCGACGAAUUAACCUACAAGCUUUGGCCUCAAGGCAACAUCACCUUCAGCAAGAAUGUUCAGUCAUUCGCGGAAAAUUUAAUAGCAUUAGACGUGAAGGUGAGGACGAUGAUCAUGGAGAGUUUCGGUCUCGAGAAAUACGUCGAGGAGCACCUUAACUCAGCGAGGAAGCACUUUCGUCUCAUCAAAUAUAGAGGACUUAACGAAAACGCAGAGGAGCAGCCAGGCCUCAACCCUCAUACCGAUAGCCAUUUCCUUACAAUACUUUGUCAAAAUGACGUAGUAGAUGGCGUGGAGAUCAAAGCCAAAGAUGGUGAAGAGUGGAUCAAAGCUAAGCCAUCUCAAGACUCUUCUUUCCUCGUUAUAGCCGGAGCUUCACUUCAUGUACUACUGAAUGGUAGGGUGUUUCCUCCGUUUCACCGUGUGGUAAUAACCGGAAAGAAAGAUCGGCACGUGGCUGGACUGUUCGUGCUUCCCAAAGAAGGACUGUUCAUAAAUGCACUCGAGGAGAUGGUCGAUGAUGAACAUCCUCGUCUCUAUAAGCCUUUUAAUUUUGACGCUUACUUCAAGUUCAACAUCAUCAAUAGGUCCGAUACCCAUACGAGGGAUUUAUCUGCUCUCAAGGCUUAUUGCUCUCUCUAAAUAAGAUUGAUUCCUUGCAAAUAAAUAAAGCAAUGUAUAUAUGUAUCAUUUGAUCACUAGCUAGCUUAAUAUGCUUGUUUAUUUUGUUCUUGAGGUGGUUUGUUAUUAUUUUAACUUUGUCUUGUUGGCUCUUGAGCUUGUAAUAAAACCUUGACUUACUGAAACUCCAAAAUAAAUGUGUUGAUCGUGGAA